CGAUGGGCACACAUUCUGGUCUGGUCAUGAUGAGCACCACCGCGGUGUGGGAGAAGAUCCUUCCGGCGCAGGGGAACGACUGGACACUGGCGGAGGAUGCGGCGUUGGCUGACCACCUCAAGGCGUUCUCGCAGCAACUCUUCGCCAAGACGAAGGAGUUGGAGAACGCGAUCUGGGAACUCGGGCUGUCGGCAGAAAAGGCCGACGUGCGGUUGAACAACUCGAUUAACCAUUUCCUCUUGCUGAGCGACAGCCAGUUCAUUGAGAAUCGAGUGUACGAGGAAGACGAGGAAGAGGGAGUGAAGGAGGACAGCUCCAAGGCCACCAACGAGCCUUCAUCGUCAACCACAUCAACAGAGAGCACCACCGCUGUGUCCAAGGACAUCGCCACCGAGGAUUCCAAGAAGAAGGAUGUGCUGGUCGUCGACCAGUACCGGGCGGCAUUGAGUCUUGGCAUGGAAGCGCUCAAGUUGUUUGCAGUCGGCGACGAAGAGGACGUGCUCGACAUUUACAACGAACGGCCAUUGCCGUUUGUGAUCGGGACCAAGGAGUUUCUGGAAGACGAGUACUUGGGUCUGGGCGCUGCUCCCGACUCUGACGACGCCAACGAAGAUGACGAUUCCGGCGAGGAUUAUUCGUCUGAAGAAGAUGAGGAGUCCGAGGAAGAUGAAGAGUCGGAGGAGGAAGCGUCAGACGAAGAAGAAUCCGAGGAGGAGGCAGUACAAACAAGACGCCCGCCGAUGCCACCCCCGCGACCGAACGAGCAAUGGGAAGACGAAUCCACAGACGAUUUGUUUGGUCAGCCCACACCCAAACCAAGAGCUCAAGCACCGAGUCGCGGCGGCCUUUUCGGCAUGGACGCCGACGAUGAUGAUAGCGACGACGACGAUGACCGCGUUGCCUCAGCCACCAAAACCAAGAGCAGCUCGUUGUUUGCGGCGGAAGAUAUGGGACGCGAUCUAUUUGACGGACGGGCGGCGGCGGCAGCCGCACCGACACCGAAACUGGACUUGUUUGGGGAGCUCAAAGCUCGGACUGCCGCCCAGCAACGCCAAGGAGACUCUGACGACGACAGUUCGGACGGGGGACUGUUUGGUGCGUCCAAGCCAACCCCCCCCGCGGUUCGACAACCUAGCGCUCCUGCAGGCCGAUCGCUGUUUGGCGAAAGCGACAGCGACGCCGAGUCGACAUCCAGCGGAUUGUUUGGGAGACAAAUAUCCAAAGACGACAAGAAGCCGCCCCCCGGUGCAGUGUCGGUGCUUCCUCCGCAGCAACUCAUCCGCAACGAAAGCACCGAAUCGAGCCUCUUUGGCACGUCCUCUCGCGUGGCGGAACCGACACCGGCGGCCGCUUCCAAGUCGUCCAGACGGAUCUUUGACAGCGAUGACGACAGCGACGAAGAUGGUGGUGAUGGGUUGUUUGGAACGGCAGCAGCGCCAAAGAAACCACCGCUUGGGCCGCCAGCCACUUCUGUAGCCCAGCCGACGAAACCAACCGCCGCCCCAGUGGUCGCAAGAGCAGCCAGUGCCAAGGCCACCGCACCAUCGUCGUUCUUUGACGACGACAGCGACGACGACAGCGUUGGCGGUGGUGGUGGCCUGUUCGGGUCAAAACCCGCCCCGACCACUGUACCCUUCUCGCAGCCCCAAGUGCCGGCCCAGCAGCCAGUCCCCCCACGUCAAUCCGUCCCUGCGGUCGCCGCGCCAUCGAGAACGUCUGCCUUGUUUGGCGGCGACAGCGACGACAGUGAUGACGACGGGGGACUAUUUGGUCGUCCUCCGGCCCCCCACCCAACACCAGCUAAACCAGUCACGGUCACUGUGACAGAAACGGUGACCACCACCGCCACGGUUGCACCGGCCCCCCAAACGCGUUUGCACAGCCUGUUUCAAAGCGAAGGCAGCAACGAGUCGAGUGCGAAUUUAUUCAGCACCCCUAAGUCACCCCGUGCAGCAAGUGGGGCCACCACCCAGCGAAACUUGGUAUCCACCACCCCAGCGCCGUUGGCGUCAAGUGCCCCAAAGAAAUCGGCGGCGUCUAAUUUGUUCGGUGGAGACGAUAGCGAUAACGAAUCGAAUGCUGGAGACCUGUUUGGCGCGCCGCCACCCAAACCUUCGACGAGCGCGACUACCUUGUUUGCGUCUGCCACCCCAUCGCCCCCUGCCGUACUACCCCCUGCCCCAGUGGUGCCUACCCCAGCAAAGGCGGCUGUGUCUGCUCCAGCCCCCAAGCCCCCUGCGAAAGUGGACAGCGACGACGACUGGAGUGACGACGAUGGAGGUCUGUUUGGCCGAGCGUCGGUUGGCAUGUCUGCCAAGCCAACUCUAGCUACAAAUCCAACCCCAGGCGCGAGUUCCUUUGGAGGGGCUCCCCAACUUAACAGUGCAUCGUUGUUUGCGGCCGCCACGUUGCAACCCGCAGCGACCCUGUCGAACUUAUCGUCAGCAGCUAGUUCCAGCGCCUCAAUGCUUGGAGAUCCCAGGGUAGCAAGUCUUGCCGCCUCCGUAGCACCCAAUGCUACUCUACAGGACGCCAAGUCUUGGGCAUCGUCUUCGGCAGUGUCAUCUGCUUCGUUGUUUGGAGCCCAAACUUCAGCAGCAGGAGCGAUGCUUCAAGCCGCACCAACGGUGGCAGCUCUAGGCACUGCCGGAACUUUGGCAUCAUCGUCGUCUGCUAGUUUGUUUGGCGGUGAUCUCAAGUCCACGUCGUCCAGUACUCUCUUUGAAGCUGCCUCCACCGCUGCCCAAACCCUCCCCACGACCUCGUCGUCCUCUUUCUUGUUUGGUGAGGCUCCCAAGCCUGCAUCAGCACCCCCGCUUGCGGGACCUCCACUGCCGCCCCCCCCCGCGUCUCGGCUGUUCCAAGCCCAAGAUUCUGACUCGGAUGAUUGGUCUGACGACGACACGUCCUUGUUUGGUCCACCUAAGCCCAAGUAGAAAAAAGUGUUCUAUCUCGUUUGAUUGGUCA